AUGAUUCACAGGGUCACGAAGAAUCAGACACAACUGAGCAACAACAACAAAGUCUGGGCAGGCUGUUUCGAAGAAGAAAAACCGAAAUUGCCAGAAAAUUAUACAGAUGAAACUUGGCAGAAAUUGAAAGAGGCAGUAGAAGCCAUUCAGAAGAGUACUUCGAUUAAAUACAAUUUAGAAGAACUCUAUCAGGCUGUCGAAAACCUCUGUUCCUACAAGAUCUCCGCAAACUUAUACAAACAGCUGAGACAGAUAUGUGAAGAGCACAUCAGAUCCCAAAUCUACCAGUUCCGAGAGGGUUCAUUGGACAGUGUUCUGUUUCUAAAGAAGAUAGAUAAAUGCUGGCAAAAUCACUGCAGACAAAUGAUCAUGAUUAGGAGCAUUUUUUUGUUUCUGGAUCGAACAUAUGUUCUUCAGAAUUCAAUGCUGCCUUCCAUUUGGGACAUGGGUCUGGAAUUAUUCAGAACCCAUAUAAUUAGUGAUCAGAAAGUCCAGAACAAGACUAUUGAAGGCAUUCUCCUUUUAAUUGAGAGGGAAAGAACUGGUGAAGCAAUUGAUAGAAGUUUGCUUCGAAGCCUUCUGAGUAUGCUUUCAGAUUUGCAGAUUUAUCAAGAUUCUUUUGAACAAAAAUUUUUAGAAGAAACCAACCGGCUGUAUUCAGCAGAGGGUCAGCGUUUAAUGCAAGAAAGAGAGGUUCCUGAAUACCUUCAUCAUGUCAACAGACGUCUAGAAGAAGAAGCAGAUAGAUUGAUCACCUAUCUAGACCUGAGCACCCAGAAGCCACUAAUUGCUACUGUAGAAAAGCAACUUCUAGGUGAACACUUAACAGCCAUUCUUCAGAAAGGUUUAAAUCAUCUUCUGGAUGAAAAUCGGAUUCAAGAUUUGUCGCUACUCUAUCAGCUAUUUACUAGGGUACGCAAUGGAGUUCAGGUUCUCUUGCAGCACUGGAUCGAAUACAUCAAGGCAUUUGGCAGCACUAUUGUUAUUAAUCCUGAAAAGGAUAAGACCAUGGUACAGGAAUUGCUGGAUUUUAAAGAUAAAGUUGACCAUAUUAUUGAUAUCUGCUUUAUGAAAAAUGAAAAAUUUGUCAAUGCCAUGAAAGAAGCAUUUGAAACCUUCAUCAACAAAAGACCAAACAAACCAGCUGAACUCAUAGCAAAGUACGUGGAUUCAAAGCUCCGUGCAGGUAACAAAGAAGCUACUGAUGAAGAACUUGAGAAAAUGUUGGACAAGAUCAUGAUUAUAUUUCGAUUCAUUUAUGGGAAAGAUGUCUUUGAAGCUUUUUAUAAGAAGGAUUUGGCCAAGAGACUAUUGGUUGGAAAGAGUGCAUCAGUAGAUGCUGAAAAAUCAAUGCUUUCCAAACUCAAGCAUGAAUGUGGAGCUGCGUUCACCAGCAAACUGGAGGGGAUGUUCAAAGACAUGGAACUAUCAAAAGACAUUAUGGUUCAGUUCAAACAGUAUAUACAAAACCAAAAUUUUCCUGGUAGCAUCGAACUAACCGUGAAUAUCUUGACAAUGGGUUAUUGGCCAACCUAUGUGCCUAUGGAAGUUCAUUUACCAGCUGAGAUGGUAAGACUUCAGGAGAUUUUCAAGACUUUUUACUUGGGUAAACACAGUGGGAGGAAGCUUCAGUGGCAGUCAACACUAGGACAUUGUGUACUAAAAGCAGAAUUUAAAGAGGGGAAAAAGGAACUCCAGGUCUCUCUUUUCCAAACACUGGUGCUGCUAAUGUUUAAUGAAAGUGAAGAGUUCAGUUUAGAAGAUAUCAAGCAUGCUACUGGAAUAGAGGAUGGAGAAUUAAGGAGAACACUGCAGUCAUUAGCCUGUGGCAAAGCUAGAGUUCUGGCUAAAAAUCCCAAGGGCAAAGAUGUGGAAGAUGGUGAUAAAUUUAUUUGCAAUGAUGACUUCAGACACAAGCUCUUCAGGAUAAAAAUCAAUCAGAUCCAAAUGAAAGAAACGGUAGAGGAACAAGCAAGCACUACAGAAAGAGUCUUUCAGGACCGACAGUAUCAAAUUGAUGCUGCAAUUGUGAGAAUUAUGAAGAUGAGAAAGGCCCUUGGCCAUAACCUGCUGGUCUCAGAAGUGUAUAACCAGUUGAAGUUCCCAGUGAAGCCUGCUGAUCUGAAGAAGAGAAUAGAAUCCUUAAUCGACAGGGACUACAUGGAAAGAGAUAAAGAGAACCCAAACCAGUACAACUAUAUCGCCUAAAAUGUGUGCUUUUCAGCACUUGGUAUAGCAUACCCAGUUGCCAGUGGAUUAGCCUGUUGUUCCAAUUAACUGACUUCUUUUCUACUAUCUUGACUGAACGAAUGAAAGCCAUUUCAUGGAAAAGUAUAGCAAAAUGGACCUUCUCAGUAAUUGAUAAGCCCAUUUAAAGAGCACGGUUUACAUUUAAGAAGAAUGCUGUUGAACUCUUUGCUUGCAUGUUUAGUUGAUGGCAACAAAUUCUUAACAAUUUGAUCUUUCAUGCUUUCACUUGAUUUGGGGUCUGUGAAGGGACCCUGUGGUUGAUUGGGGGGAGGGGGGAGGAAUGUGUGGAUUCUUUUAUGCACUAUGACUAGGAGGCAAUAUGCAAGUUGUGUACAGGAGACUUUACCCAGGAUGCUUAAACUGCAUGCAGACAUGACAUAGCGUACAGAAUCCUGGAGGGAUUUAUCAGAUAGAAAAACCACCCUGAGCUUUGGUUACUCUCUUAGGUUUUGUGCUUUCCCUUGCAAAGGAAAACUUAAGUGGUCGAGUGUAUUGACAUUUGCUACAUAAUGUUCCACUUCACCAAAAG